CAUUUCUAAAGGAAAACUCGUGCAUCACCAUGCCAUACUGAAGUGUUUAAACCCCUCGAUUCGACGAGCCCGUCGGCAUUUCGAAAACGUUAACCGUCAGACGUGUGUUAUUUUACAUAUGAUUUCCGAUGCUUUCGGCGCAUUGAACAGUGUUUUCUUUCAUAUUUUCUUUUAUUAUUUAUCAAGAAACGUAAACAGUCGUGAUGCGCACCACCAGAGCGUGAGUGUACCAAUAAUUGAAUCAUUUCAUAUAACCCGCUCGUUUCUCUUCGAUGAGAAAUGGUAGAAACGGGAAAUUGUCUCCAUGAUCGAGUACCCGAAAACCGGUUAGCAAUUGAAACGCGAUGAGUCGAAAAUUUCGCCGAAAGUCGAGCUUCGGUUUCGCGAGAGAGAAACCGCGAUCCUGCAAACAAAACAACAUCAUAUCAAUUUAUCCACCAGCCGCGAAAAACUUCAGCGACAAGGGCAAUAAAAACAUCGUCACGAUUUGAAAACCCCAGCACAGCACAAUCAAGGGCCGUCAUACUUUUCCACAUGAGGCACUCGGAUCGGGACAGUACCAGCCAAAAACUGCUGAUUCCCGCAGUUUUUCUUGUUGUUGCCCUGUGCAGAUUUUUACAACCAGUGGAGACACGUGCCCUUCAGUUCUCGUCGGGUGAAAGUUUGGAGAAAAUCGGUCGUGAAGAUAGCGGUAUCGGUAACAGCAAUAGCAGCAAUAUUGAUCAAACGAUGGAUCCUAGUGAGAGGGUUGAGCAAUCCAAACAGCGGGGAGAUGUUCUGGUGGUGGUUCAGCAGCAUUCGCCUACGAGUAUCCAGACGUAUCAAAGAGAGUAUCGAGAUUUUGUUAAACUAUUCAUCCCGGACAAACGCGCCGAGGAUGAUAAUGAUGAUGCGCUGGGGAAAGGAGUUCGGUUUCAGCGCUGGAAAGAUAUGGUCAGCUUCGAGCGCUGGCUGUCCGAUCCGUCCAUCUCGACGGUGCUCUACACGGUUCACGAUGGAAGUGACAGUUUCAUCGGAUACUGCGACAGCUUAUCGACCCAUUUGUCCGUGCUGUACGGCAAGACGGUCCUGUUCUGGCCCUGCCCCCGGAUGAAGAAAACGGAAAAGUUCGUACCAUCCUUCGAGACCGUUUCAUUCGCCGUCAAAAGUAUCUCGCAACAAUUUAAUUGGACCGAAGCAAUCUUGUUCGCAGCAGCUUUUUCGAAUUUGAGCCAGCAAACAGCCAGCAAGUGUGCUUUGAUUCCCGAUGGAAAUUGUUUGCUCCCCGCUGCUUGA